AUGUCCUCCGAAAACAAUCCUCAGUGGCAAUCCUCCACUUAUAGUCGGCAUCCUCAUUCCACAACCCCAAUCCCUUCAAAUGUAGUUCCUAGCGCCCGUCCAACUCCAAGACCAGGAUCCUCUAUUGGUUUUCCUUUCCAAGGCGUCAAUGUUCAACGCGUUUCAGCAACUGAGAGUGUUCGUCAACUCCCAAGAACGUCCGCGCUUUCUAGUGGACAUCGCGCUGGAAUCGGAGUUGGAUUUGAUGCAAUGAUGGAAGAACAAAGAGGGGCACCACUCCGAUCCGAUGAUGCCACAUAUGCAACACAGGGGCCAACGUAUGGAAACGUCACUCAAGCAGAUCCACCCCUGUAUGGCCAACAACCAGUGCAACAAUUCCGUCAUUCCACGUCUUCUCUUGGGCCAGUAGUGCGGCCAACCUCGUAUAUACCGUCUUCUGGAGAAGGAUUGGGGAAGGAUCCUUUAAGUGGUCACUUGGGAGGUUCUCUUGCUGGUCAACUGAGAGCUUCAGAGUUCAAAGAAACAACAGAAUAUCGCGAUGAUGAUUUUGAAGAUGAACCGCCGCUGCUUGAAGAAUUAGGAAUCAAUCCUGAUCAUAUAGUGAAGCGAAUGAAAGCAUCCUUGCUUUUCUACAGAUUGGAUCAUGAUCUUCUUGUUGACGUGGAUAUGUGUGGACCCGUUUUCAUUGCUGCAUGUUUUGGCUGCUGUUUACUUCUUGUGGGUCGCUGGAAAGAUCCAUUUCGCUUACAUUUACGGAUUGAGCGUCACGAGUGUAUUAUGCAUGUGUGUUUUGUUGAAUCUGAUGAGCCAGACAAGAGAUCAAGUGCAGGGUUAGAACAUGUGUCACCACCUGACGAAUUAGUUUUGGGUUCUCGCUAG